AUGGUGAAGCAGCAGGAGUCCAGCAAGAGCAACUUAACCAAGGAGGAUGAAGCCUAUGAGGCAAUCUUUGGUGGGGAAUUUGGUUCUUUGGAGAUCGGGUCAUACAUUGGUGGAAACGAAGGUGCCAGUACAAAAGAUUAUACGGAACAUUUACCAGAUGCUGUGGACUUUGAGGACGAAGAUGAGCUUGCUGAUGAAGACGAUUUGCCGGAGGAAACGGAUGCUAAUUUGCACGCAAACAUGAUCAAUAUGAGCGUGUAUAAUGGUGGUAACGACAGUGAUUCUGUAAUGAGCAUGGCCUCGAAUAACUUGAAUCUACAAUUACCUGGUAUUAAUAGAGGUUUGUCGCAAGAAUUUAUCUUGGAAGAUGAUGGAGGCGCUCCUGCUACGAGCAAUGCGUUGUUUAUGGGAAUGGAUGCAAAUGAAAUCCAUCUCGCCACUGAAACAGGCGUUCUCGAUGGUAGCGGUGGUGCGAAUGAAAUUGGCCACUCUCAGCUUUCAGUCAACGAUGUUAAUGCUGAUAAUAUGACAAUGAAUGAUGGGUUCACCAUGGAACCGCAAAUAUCCCGUAAUAAGCAUAAGAUGCCUACCAAAUUAGACUUGAUAAACCAUGAAAAAUAUCUCUUAAAGAAAUACUUUCCUGAUUUUGAAAAGGGGAAAACUUUAAAAUGGAACAAGUUGAUUUAUAGAAAAUAUGCACCUUACCAUUGGCACAGGGAUGCCUCUAGGGUAAAGAAACCGUUCAUGCCUCUGAAUUUGAGAUUUAAAGUCCAACAGGAUGACAAAAGGCUAUUCAAUUCAAAGACAUCGUUUUAUCUAUCUCCUACUUACCGAGGAAAAAGUAAUUUGCUUCAAGAUAGUUCUUCUGCUUCCCGGAGAGGUCUGAUACAUGUUUCUAUUGAGGAGCUUUUUCCUAUCAAAGAGCAGCAAAAGAAACGUAAGAUCAUUCAUGAUGAGAAGAUAAUAUCCGAAGAUUUAUUGAUCGCUACUGAUGAUUGGGAUCAAGAAAAAAUCAUCGACCAAGACCCUCUACCAAGCACCAUUUCAACGGAGGCACCCAUAGCAUCUGACUUAAACUCUUCUGGACGUUAUAAGUUAAAGAACUUGAUUGAAGAUGUUGCCGAAGACUGGCAGUGGGAUGAAGAUAUGAUUAUAGAUGCCAACUUGAAAGAGUCGAAGCAUGCUGAGUUAAAUAUGAAUGAUGAGAAACUGUUAUUAAUGGUCGAGAACAUGGAUAAUGCAGCGCAGCAAAAGCAACGAUUAGAUAGUAAUAACUUAACACUUCCCAUUAGUGAGACGACCUUACAAGAGAAAUUCAAUUUAUCUAAUGAUGAUAAAUAUCAAAUCUUGAGAAAAACACAUCAAACCAAAGUUCGUUCUACCAUAUCGAACCUAAAUAUCCAGCAUUCUCAACCUGCUAUCAAUUUACAAUCUCCAUUUUACAAAGUGGCUGUUCCUAGAUAUCAACUAAGACAUUUCCAUCGUGAGAACUUCGGCUCGCAUAUCAGACCAGGUACCAAAAUUGUCUUCAGCAAGCUAAAAGCGCGGAAGAGGAAAAGAGAUAAGGGUAAAGAUGUAAAAGAAUCAUUUUCCACCUCUCAGGAUCUAACAAUCGGCGAUACAGCUCCCGUUUAUUUGAUGGAAUACUCUGAGCAAACGCCAGUUGCGUUGUCCAAAUUUGGUAUGGCAAAUAAAUUGAUCAAUUAUUAUCGUAAAUCAAAUGAACAAGAUACCUUAAGGCCAAAACUACCUGUUGGUGAAACUCACGUUUUGGGUGUUCAGGAUAAAUCACCAUUUUGGAAUUUCGGGUUUGUGGAACCUGGUCAUAUCGUCCCCACACUAUACAAUAAUAUGGUUAGAGCACCCGUCUUCAAGCAUGAUAUCUCAGGAACAGACUUUCUUUUGAUAAGAAGUUCAGGAUUUGGUAUAAGCAAUCGAUUUUAUUUACGUAAUAUCAAUCACCUUUUUACGGUGGGACAAACAUUUCCAGUUGAAGAGAUUCCUGGACCUAACUCAAGAAAAGUUACGUCAAUGAAAGCAACAAGGCUGAAAAUGAUCAUCUAUAGAAUUUUAAACCACAACCGUAGCAAAGCAAUUUCGAUUGAUCCUAUUGCGAAACACUUUCCAGACCAGGAUUAUGGGCAAAAUAGACAAAAGGUGAAGGAAUUUAUGAAGUACCAACGAGAUGGUCCUGAAAAAGGCCUCUGGAGGCUUAAAGAUGAUGAAAAAUUGUUAGAUAAUGAAACUGUAAAAAGUUUAAUCACGCCGGAACAAAUCAGUCAAGUUGAAUCAAUGAAUCAAGGUUUACAAUUUCAAGAAGAUAACGAAGCAUUUAAUUUUGAUUCCAAACUGAAAUCCUUGGAGGAAAACCUGCUGCUUUGGAAUGUCACAAAGAAUUUCAUAAAUUCUACUCAAAUGCGAGCCAUGAUUCAAAUACAUGGUGUAGGCGACCCAACUGGCUGCGGAGAGGGUUUUUCAUUUUUGAAAACAUCGAUGAAAGGUGGGUUUGUUAAGUCAGGCUCACCCUCUGAAAAUAACAAUAGUUCAAAUAAAAAAGGUACCAAUACCCAUAGCUAUAACGUGGCGCAACAACAAAAAGCCUAUGAUGAAGAGAUCGCCAAGACGUGGUAUACGCACACAAAAUCGCUGAGUAUAAGUAACCCAUUUGAAGAAAUGAAUAAUCCUGAUGAGAUUAAUAAAACCAAUAAACAUGUCAAGACAGAGAGGGAUGAUAAGAAGAUUUUGAAAAUUAUCAGAAAGAAAAGAGACGAAAACGGUAUAAUUCAAAGACAGACGAUUUUCAUAAGAGAUCCCAGAGUUAUUCAGGGGUACAUGAGAAUCAAAGAACAAGAUAAGGAAGACGUCAACAAAUUAUUAGAAGAAGAUACUUCAAAGAUAAACAAUUUGGAAGAACUUGAGAAACAAAAAAAACUGUUACAGUUAGAAUUAGCUAAUUUGGAAAAAUCACAGCAACGUAGGGCAGCAAGACAAAACUCGAAGAAAAAUAACGGUGCCACAAAAACGGAAGGCUUCAUGGACAAUGUUAGCGACUUUUCCGGUGUAAUGGACGGUAAAAUAACGAAAAUCAAGAGUAAAAACACGACUAGAAGAUGCGCGACCUGUGGGCAAAUUGGACAUAUUAGGACAAAUAAAUCCUGUCCGAUGUAUAGUAGCAGAGAUGAUCCGGUUUCACCGAAGUAG